AUGUUCUGUAACAGUAAUCCCGAUAAAGGAAGAUUAGACAAUAUCAGAAAAUCAACAAAAAUAGAAAAAAAUAUUAUGAUGAAGGCCAAUGUGUUUAAGACAGUUAUAAGAACGAGUACCAUAAGAAAUUUGCUAUUUUUUAUUAUAUUAUCUACGUUGAUAUGUUGUUGGUGUAUGACACAUGUUACCGAAAACGUCACUGCUGCAAAGAAUCUUAAUCAUUUUAGAAAAUCGCGAAGCCUAUCGGAUUAUUUGCAGGAAAUACGACUACUUCUUGAGCCGAAAAUAGCACCGUGCAAAGAUAAUAUGCCACUUCUGGUGAUGGUAACCUCUGCGCCUUCUCACACGGAGCAGAGGUAUGCGAUCAGAAAUACAUGGGCUACUCGAGUGCCUACUUUGUUUAUAUUGGGCUUAAGUGGUGAGGAGUUGCAGCACCUGAAUGACAGACACGAAGAUGAUUUAAUUGUGUACGAAUUCAAAGACCAUUACCAGAAUCUCACGAUAAAGGUGGCGCUCAUGCUGAAGUGGGCAUCUGAGGAAUGCUCAUCAGUUAAUUAUAUACUUAAAACCGAUGAUGAUAUGCUAUUAAACCCUUGGCAGUUGGAAACAAUUGUGCACGACACCCCAGACGCUGAUCUCAUUGGUUAUAAAAUGGUGAAUGCAGAGCUGGAUCGUCGUGAGAGCAGUAAGUGGCAUAUGCCAAGCUGGUUGUACCCUGAGGAGUUUGUGCCGGAAUAUCUCUCUGGAAAUGGGUAUAUGAUUAAUGGAAAACACCUCAAACCAAUGUUUUUGGCGGCGUAUGAAGUCCCACUAAUUAACAUUGAAGAUAUUUACAUUACAUAUUUAGUGGCAAGACGUAAACUUGGGUUAAAAUUGACCCACGAACCAAGAUUGAGUGUAUACAGGCCUUGGCUACCCCUAGUAAGCUCUUAUUGGGAAUUGGCAUCAGUUCACGGCUUCACACCACCAGAACUUUUGGCAUGGUGGUCAGAGCUCUUAGAUAUGAGCAAAAAUGUCAAAUGA